GUGCGCCGGGCGCCCGUGAAGUGCGCUGCCUCCUGCCGUGUAGAAUAAGCAUUAUUUAAUCACUCUGUUCUGUGCCGCAAUCCAAUCACAAAUCCAAUAUCCAUUACGCAAAUAAACAAUCGCAGCUGGUGGUGCAAAACAAAAUAGGCAAACUGUGAUUUCCGCAAGACAAUGGAUCCGCAAUGGAGUGUCCUCCUGACUGCCGAGGACUUGGCGGACAAUCCCGUCGAAACUGAAAGUCCGCCGACGUCGAAUUCGGCGCUGCAAAACCAAGAAAGCAACUCGACGACGACGGUCGCCAAUCCGGACGACUCGGACGACAUUUUCGUCCUGUCUUCGCACCACGGCCAAGGGACGGACUUCAUGGGCAGCGUCAGUUACAUGGACUUCGAGCACGGGUCGGUGUGUCUCGAGAGCGACCACAAGGCCCUAUCGACCUCCCAGUACGCCAUGGUUGUCUUCCAGGACAUUCUGGACAGUUACCCGACGGACGCGGACGUUUGCUGCAGGUAUUCGCUCAACUCGGACCUUGAGGUGGAGGAGGGCGACUACAUUGCGCUCUUCAAGAUCGGAUGGACAAACACGGAUGAGGCAAUCCUCAAGCACCCUGCCCUCUCGCCCGAUGUCCAAUCGAAGCAGGGAGGAAUUGUUAUUUUCCGAGCAGACGCACUUCCCAAAGACGAGCAGGAGUUCUACCAGUUGUGCUAUGUGAACGUGGACGGGUCUGUUUGCGGCGCCAGUGUGCCAUUCCAGUUCCGCAGGUCGCAUGAGGCUGAGCUCUGCAUGCAUUUGAUGGACGACAGCAUGGUCGUCGUGCGCAGCCGGACUGCCGUCGUCGAGGACAAACUGCGCAAGUUGCAGGAGAACCAUUCGGACGCCCAACUCGAGAAGGUGAAACUCGCUGACGAGUUGGCCAAAGUCAAGAGAGAACUUGACAAGGCUCGUGAGGAAAUUUCAAACAUGAAGGCAACAACCGAAGCAGAAAUAGCCGAGAAAAAUAGUUUGCUGCAAAUUUUGGAAUCAUCUAAACAGAGGGAAAGGCACGUGAUGAAGCUGCAGUCGGAAAUAAAGUCUCUGGACGAGUCUCGGAACUCCACCUGUAAUGAUCUGCGAAUUUCCAAGCAGAAUAUUGAUGCUCUGACCGCCACGGUUGAAACUUUGAGCGCUGACAAAACUCGCAUGGCUGGACUACUGCGAGAAAAUGUCCGUCGAGGAGAUGAAAUGUCCCAGGAGCUUCAAGAAAAGAACCAUAUAUUGGCUGAAAUGGAGCAGAAAAUUUCUCUUUUCACCCAGGAGUGCCAGAAUUUGCAGAAAGAAAAAGAAAAACUGACUGAAAAUUUGAGACUUCAAACUAAAAAUGCCACAGAGAGAGAGUUGCAUUUGCUGAAUGAGUUGACCACACUUCGCACAUCCCUGCUGAACGCCGAGCGAGUGCAGCAGGACGUUGAUUUGCUCAGGGAGCACCGCAGCAAUCUGGAGCAGCAGUUGCAUCUGACGGACGAAAAGUACAGGGACCUGAAGGCCGCCUAUGGAGACCUUCAGAAGCGAGAGACUGACCUGGUCAACCAGGUGUUGAAGCUAAGUCAGAAACUGACAGACCCUGAGCCACACUCCCUGCAGUUGUGCAAUCACUGCUCGAAUUCCACUGUGAAAAUCACCAAAUUGGAGGAACAGGUUGCAGACCUGCGGAUUCGUCUGGACCAAGGAGCCGAGGAGUACAAGAAGGUUUAUGUUGAAAAGUGUAAGGUUGAAAAGAAGCUUUCAAAAUCUGCUGGAAAGAGGAGCAGCUCGAGCAAAGAAAACGCUUUGUCUGGUGACGUUACCCCUGGUGAUGGUAGCUCCUCUCGUGUCUGUCCUAUGUGCAAAGUAACAUUCCCUGCAGGCUCCAGUGAUCUUUUCACUCAACACUUUGAGAAUCAUCUAUCUUAAACUAACUAACAGACAAACUUAUUUAAAAUUCUUACGCACGGGUGUCACACUCACAUUAGUCGAACGGCAAAAAUUUAUAAUCUACGUAGGUCGAAUUAGCAUUUAACAUGUUUACAACAUACAAAAAUUCAGUACACAAUCUUUAUGUGUCACGGCUAGUCUUGUGUCUAUAAACCUCACCUCUGUCCAUUCGCUUUCGUUACUGUUCUAUUUUACUAGACCAUGCUGUGUUUCAGUUCCUUUUUUAAUUUUAUCUGUUGAUGUAAAAAAUGCAUGACCAUAGUGAUAUAAUUAGAUUUUAUGUUUUAAUGGAAAGCCAAAUUGAAUUUUUAGAACUUCCAAGAGAAAAUGCUGUAAGAGAAUAUAAUAGUAUUUUAAUCUAUGAAAUAUGAUGUAACGAGAAAAUUAUAAUAUAUAAAUUUCGUGAUAAAUGAGUACAGUAUAUUUAGGCAGGAAGCAAUGAAGGGUAAAUAAAACGAUUAAGUAUA